AUGGAGCUUUUGCAGUACAACCUGUUUAGAAGAGAAACUCAGUUUAAUUACCCAAAAGAGCCAGAAGCUGUCACUUUUGAGACCCCCUUUGGGAAGUUUGGCAUUUUCACUUGCUUCGACAUCCUUUUCUACGAGCCUGCCGUGGUCCUGGUGAGCGAGCUGCAGGUGGACACCGUGCUCUUCCCGACGGCUUGGAUGAACGUCCUGCCGUUUCUGACUGCGAUUGAGUUUCACUCUGCCUGGGCUAUGGGCAUGGGUGUUAAUUUACUUUCAGCAAAUACUCACGACAUCAGUUUGGCAAUGACAGGCAGCGGGCUGUUCACGCCGGAGGGACCCACCGCCUACCACUACGACAGUGGGACCGAGGAGGGACGUCUCCUGCUAGCAGAGCUGAGCGCACGGCCCCGUCUUUCCCCCACCUACCCCCCGGCUGUCAACUGGAGCUCAUAUGCCACAAGCAUCAAGAGAUUUCCAGGAGGAAAAGACACUUUUUUGGGAGCUGUCCGGCGAGAUAUAUUCACUUUCAGUGAACUCAGGCACAAAACUGGAAAUUACACGGUUUGCCAAGGAGACCUCUGCUGUCAUUUGAUCUAUCGGAUGUCAAACAAGAGCAAAGAUGAAGUUUAUGUCCUGGGUGCAUUUGAUGGGCUUCAUGGUUCUCUCAUAAAGUACCACUGGCAGAUAUGCACGCUGCUCAAGUGCAAGAGCACAGACCUGAACACGUGCGGGCAGCCGGUGGAGAUGGCUCAGACCAAGUUUGAGAUGUUCUCCCUCAGCGGCACAUUUGGCACCAACUACGUCUUUCCAGAAGUCUUGUACAGUGGGGUGCAGCUGGCCCCCGGGGAGUUUGAGGUGCUACGUGACGGACGUUUGAAAAGUAAGCAUGGCACAUCAAAACCGCUCAUAACAGCAACACUUUUUGGAAGGCUUUAUGAAAAGGACCUGCCGCAUCCUCUGCGAACCUCCUUGUAA